UGCAUAGCCUGAAACCAGCUGACAUUCAAGUAAUAGCGGCCCUGGGGGAUUCCUUAACUGCUGGUAAUGCCAUUGGAUCCAAACCAAAUGACAUGUUGGACAGGAAUACGCAGUAUCGUGGGCUGGCAUGGAGCAUCGGAGGAGAUGCCUCAUUAAGUACUGUAACAACUUUAUCCAAUAUCCUUUCUGAGUUCAACACUAACCUCACUGGUUACUCAACUAGCACAGGUGGCCCAAGUGACCCAGUCUCCUUUCUCAACCGUGCAGUCCCAGGAGCACAGGCUGAGAACUUGUCAGACCAAACAAAGCAACUCAUGAAAAUAAUGAAAAAUGACUCGAGAAUCAACUUUGACACUGACUGGAAGAUCGUAACUAUUUUCAUUGGAAUCCAUGAUCUGUGCAACUAUUGCAAAGACAUUAAUCACUAUUCAGCAGCAAACUUUUCAAGCCGCAUUCAAAAAGCACUUGACAUUCUCCAUGCAGAGGUACCUAGAACUUUGGUUAAUCUUGUUGAAGUGAUGGACUUUCUUCCUUUGAGGCAACUGUUUCUGGAGAGCCAAUUACCAUGCUCCACAUACGUUGCAGAAGAAUACUGUAGCUGUAUUCUUCCUAUUCAAGAAGGUUCAUCUGAGCUAAUGAUGAUGAGCGAAGCUGUCAAAGCCUAUCAGAGCAGCAUACAAAAACUGGUGGAGACGGGCAGGUAUGACACCCAGGAUAAUUUUACAGUAGUACUUCAGCCUUUCCUCAGAACCAUCAGCUUGCCUCUUCAGGUAUGUCCUGGGUUUAAUGUGGAUUUUUACCUUGCACAGAUUCUUUGUACAUCUGCAUAA